GAACAGUGCACCGCUUGGUUGGCAUGGGAAGCAUGCGAUUAGUAACUGUGCAAACAAACCAAUGAGCAAGCGUUGAUAUGUGGUUUAUGUGAUGUCACUGUGUGUGCCUCAAGAACAGGCGGUUUUUGUGGCUUGUUUGAAGCUUGUCGCCUAUUCUGUGAACCAGUUGUUUUCAUACGACGUUGGCGAGCUUUCCUCGUUGAGUCAUGGAUCCUCCUGUUCCGAAACUAUCAAUGGAUACUGUAUCCACUCUAGACGCUUCCGAUACUGGUCAGCAAGGUCAGCUGGUGAGACGGGAGGCAUUUGGCCUGGUGCCACAUCGACGGAUUCCACACUACCUUUUGUUAGAAUCUGUCUUGGAGCAACUCUGUGGUUUUUAUGAAAGUGAUGACUCUCGUCGUAAAGAAUUAUAUGAAGGAGUGAGAAGACAACUCCGUCGACUUAAGUUGUUAGAUCCCACUCCAGAGCUCCAGGAAUUGUGCUCCGUCAGGGUAAAGUUUCGACAUGCUUUCAGUUGUUUGAUCCAGAAUGUCAGGAAAGACAUUCAAGGACACGUACCUAGUGAGAGUUUGGAUUGUAUACCUGGGCCAACACUUGACCUCACACUUCGCCUCGAUGAUGUUGUGUACCACCAGAAACGUUAUGAAUAUGACUUUGAAGAAAUUGAAAAAAUCGCAGAAGGAGGAUUUGGAAUCGUUUGUAAAGCCAGGAGAAGAACAGACCGUCAAAUUUACGCUGUGAAGAAGAUCCCUUUCAAGUAUUGCAAUACAAAAGUCCUAAAGCAGGUGUUAAGGGAAGUGGAGCUUUUGGCUCAACUUUGUCACCCUAAUAUUGUGGCCUACAAGUCGGCAUGGAUUGAAAAUGUGACCGACUUUAUGACGAAGUUACAUUCAGCCGAUUUUGAUAGCUUUCAAAGUACUGUUCCUAUAUCCUCUGGUAAUGGUGACACAAGCUCACUACCAUAUACUUUUGAGUCAUCUACAUUUCAGGCCAAAGAGCCAAAAGAAUGCCAGAAGCAGUGUUCUAAUAGCACGAGCCAUGAAGACUGUGAUUCGUAUGCAUCUGAACGAUGUGUAUCUCUGGAAGAGCCAAGCAAGGAGACUGUGGAUAUUGUUUGUGAUAGUGCAUCUGUAAGAAGAUGGAAACACUCUCACCAAAGUUCCAAGAGUGAAGGUGAACUCAUAAAAAGUGUAGAUGCAGAUAGGGUACAUGGAAGGAAGACAUCAAGCGUUGUUUCUGGUGUCUCAAUAGUGGUGACUCCUCAAGAGCACAUCUUUAGUCUUCUUCGUUCUUCGGAUGUUGGAGGUAUGCUGUACAUUCAAAUGGAGCUAUGUUCCAAAAACCUUGCAGAUUGGUUGGCCGCACGUAAUCAGCGGCUAGCUGACCCAGAGUCUGCUGAGAGUAGCAUCAGCAUCAUUCCAGAAGCAAUGAGCAUCUUCAAGCAGAUCUUGAGUGGGGUGGAGUAUGUGCAUUCCAAAGGAUUCAUUCACAGAGAUAUUAAGCCGCAGAAUAUCAUGUUUGGUUUGGAAGGUUCAUUGGUGAAGCUCGGAGACUUUGGCCUUGCCACUCGCACUAAUCAACAGGAGUCUUCUACUCGCCAAUUUCCAUGGGCAUCUCAGUCAGGUCACACGCAAGUUGAAGGUACCAGCCUGUAUGCUGCCCCGGAACAGCGUCAACAGGCCUCUUAUGACAGCAAGGUGGACAUAUACAGCUUGGGCUUGGUGCUAACUGAACUGCUGUGCCCAUUCUCCACUGGCCACGAACGCAUCACAGAGCUAAAUGAACUCCGUGAAGGCAAUCUUCCAUCAGCAUUACAGGCACACUCAGAGGACGUGGUGAACACCAUUUUGGCCAUGUGCAAGAGCAAUCCUAAGGAAAGACCAAGUGCAAAUGAACUCUUGAUUUCACCUUUAUUUAUCGACAAAGACAAGAUGAUCAAGGAAUUAAGGGCACAGCUGAAAGAAAAGGAUGAAAGGCUGUCAAGCAUGGCAUAUGAAUUGUCCCUCGUGAAAAGCACUUUAGAGAAGGUGAAAGUGGAGCUAAAGUGGUAUCAAGAUAACAGUGGCAUUCCGAUGUUUUCACAUAAUCAGAGCUAGGACUAUGCCUGUGAUAUAGCUGUUGUUUGAUGUGUUCAUUUACUUUUUGUGCCAAAGUUUUCUCAUUAAAAAUUUUAGAUCAUUUUUACUACAAAUG